AUGGGGUCGUCGUUUAAGUUGAAGUGGGGGCCGGCGAUCUGCAUGGUGCUCAUCGAGCUGUUCACCACGGGGCAGAUGCUGCUCACCAAGGUGGUGGUCGACGCCGGGCUCUUCGUCUUCGCCCUCCUCACCUACCGCUUCUUCCUCGGCGCCGCCCUCGUCGUCCCUCUCGCCCUCAUCUUUGAGCCAUUCACAAUUCCUGGUCUCUACUACAUUGGCCUCGGAGACACAUCGCCAGGAUACGCGAUAAACUUCUAUAACAUCAUCCCAAUUGCCACCUUCAUCCUCGCGGUCCUUUUCAGGAAGGAGUCACUGGACAUGAGGAGCCUGGUGGGGAACAUCAAGGUCAUUGGAACCCUAGUCUGUGUUGGAGGAACUCUGGUGAUCAGCCUGUACAAGGGCAAGGUGCUGCACCUUUGGCCCACCAAUAUCAUCGGCUACCACCCGAAGCAAGCCGGAGCUGCGUUUGGUCACCACCAUGUGCGUGGAACCGUCUUGCUCAUCACCAGCUGCCUCAGCCUCGCCGUUUGGUACACAGUACAGGCAAUACUUAACACUGCUGCCAAGUUUGUGAUGAUUUCGUGGGUUGUCACGCAGCGCGGGCCAACCUAUCCGGCCAUGUUUUGUGCCGUGUCGGUGUUCUUCACUACUAUUCUUGACUCACUGCUUCUCGGCCAUGAUCUAUCCGUUGGGAGUAUUCUCGGCAUGUUCAUGAUUCUAGCUGGGCUCUAUCUUUUCCUCUGGGGAAAGAGAAAAGAUUCGAUACUACCAAGCGAAGAAAACCCGAAGGAGCAAAUGUUGUUUGAGAAUGAAGAUAAGAACGAUAAAUCAGUUGCCAAUGUAUCCACAAUAGAUUCGCCCCUGCUCUCCACUGCCUCAUGCAUUUCCCUCCUUCUAUAUGAAAGGAUCGAGAUGGAACUGGGGAAGGGGGGGUUCAUAGGUCUCUAA